AGUCUAGAAAAGAUAGCCACAUCCACUCUUCCUUCUGGCCCCUGCGCUUCUACGACCUGCAACGUAUCCUCUCGGGCGCCAUCUCGCUGCCCGCCCUGCCUCCCUUCCCCUACGACAAUAUGCCUACGCGUAGCAGUAUCCCGGCGACGCCUCGGAUCAUCUCGCCCAGCCCGACACCCUCGGAACGCGAUGCGCUAGACUCAUACACGGGGCCCAUGACCAGGGCUGCGAGGAGACGGCUGGCCACACCGUUACCUGUUAGUGAAGAGGGCAACGAGGAGGAUGGCGUGCCCGCUCUACGGAAAGCGCGCACAAGAAGCAGAAGCCCGGUAGAGACGCGCCCAACGGCCGGCCGGCGGACAUCCAAAAAGAGAACCACCAAGACCGCCGAUGCGAAAACGACUUCCACAGGCUCGACAGCAGCCGCGCCCAAGGGAGACAUGGCCGUGUCGUCCGAAAAUCAGGAGAGGGAGGUAUCGAACGGUCACCUGCUGCCACCACAACCGGCAGGCUAUACAGGCUGGGGCUGGAAAGACAUUAGUCGCAGUCCGAGCCCGCUUGGCCUGAUCCCAAUCCACAGGCACUGGAAGGCCUUUAUACACAAGCACGAGGUACCGAGGAAAGCGCUCCACGUGUCCAUCGGCUUCUUUGUCGUAUGGCUCUAUCUGUCGGGAACGCAGACACUGUCGGUGUGCCCUUACCUCAUGGCUGCCCUAAUACCCAUCGCGGCGGUGGACGUUCUCCGGCACCACAACGCGUCCUUUAACCGGCUCUACGUCAAGGUCCUGGGGGCGCUGAUGCGUGAGAGCGAGUUUACGGGUUACAAUGGCGUCAUUUUCUACCUGCUCGGAGCCUGGAUCGUCCUGGGCUUCUUCCCCAAGGACGUCGGUGUCGUGGGCACUCUGAUGCUUAGCUGGUGUGACACUGCGGCAAGUACGUUUGGACGGCUGUACGGCCGUUACACACCCCGUAUUCGAAGCGGCAAGUCGCUUGCCGGGUCCUUGGCUGCAUUUCUGGUCGGUGUGGGCACCUCUGCCUUCUUCUGGGGCUGGCUGGUGCCUACCAAGGGCCCCAUGCCCGGCGACGAGCUCUUCAUGUUUACAGGCACCCUUCGCCUGCCCCAGCUCCUGUCGGAAGCGGUCGGGCUUACCCCGGCUCAGGCGACGAUCUCGGGUGGCCUUGCUCUGGGCAUCAUGAGCAUUUGGUCUGGCUUCGUCGCUGCGGCGAGUGAGGUGGCUAACGUCUGCGGACUGGAUGACAACCUCACGAUCCCCGUCCUGAGUGGUCUCGGUAUCUGGGGGUUCCUGAAGAUUUUUGGCUAAACGAAGGAGGAUUUGGCACGAGCUUGAUUGACAAUACCUGAUACAUCUUCUUUGGCUUGACUGUGGUCAACGAUGCAUAUCACCGGCGUUCUGGGGGGCAAGGGGUUAAAAGGCGUCCGAUUGUUCAACGUUUCUGAUGUCGGUGCUAUGACACUUUUGUAAUGGAUGGAUUCUGCGGCAAGACCGGGCAAAGGCCCAUAGUCAGGUCUAGAGAUGCACACUCAUACCCAGCUGCACCUGUAUAUCUCACCACUUUUUGUAUAUAUCCUAUCACCUACGGCUGCAGCUAUCCUACAACGUCUCGUGUCGGGAGCAUCUAGCCAUCAACUUUGAAAAGCCAUCAGGGGCAUAUCCCCGUUCGUUCUGCAUCUG